UUAGCAAGAUGCGGCCCUUCUUGCAUGCGGCUACCGCUAUGAAGCGAGUCUGGUGUCCCGUUAUACUUACGGUGAUGUAGGCUACGAAGCGGUUGAGGGUUCGGGGACGGGAUCCUUGGGCGUUUUGCGUGAGGGAUCGAUCUCUGCCUGGCUGCGCACUUCAAGAGAGAAAGAAAAAAGGGAGGAGGCCCUGUAUUGUUCUCCAGCAGGGAAGGGUGGGUGGGGGGAAUAGGGCUAUCAGUUCCACUCAGAUAACCCCCCACAACGUCAUUGGCCCUCUGGCCAUGCCAUGACCCCUGGGGCCUGAACUCGGCGGUCAUGUGACCGAGCUGAAAGUGACCAGCAGGCUCGACCGGGAGGAGGAGGAUCAGAGCCAGAAGGAGCUGAGAGGACAAGAGAAGAGAGGAGAGGACAGCAGGAGAGGGAAAGACAAGAAGACGGACCGAGAGGGAGAGAAGAGCGAGCGUCAUGAGGCCUAAGCCCUUCCCGACGAGGAUACACGUAUGACUGAAUGGCAGGAGAGACAUGAGAUGGAUUCAUGGGAAGUAGAUGACCAGGCUGAGCAGCGCUCCUGUCUCAUCUGCGGAGACCGCGCCACCGGACUGCACUAUGGCAUUAUUUCCUGCGAGGGCUGCAAGGGCUUCUUCAAGCGCAGCAUCUGCAACAAGCGCGUGUACCGCUGCAGCCGUGACAAAAACUGCGAGAUGUCACGCAAGCAGCGCAACCGCUGCCAGUACUGCCGCCUGCUCAAGUGUCUGCAGAUGGGCAUGAACAGGAAAGCGAUCAGAGAGGACGGCAUGCCGGGCGGGAGGAACAAAAGCAUCGGGCCCGUUCAGAUCUCAGACGAGGAGAUCGAGCGGAUCAUGUCUGGUCAGGAAUUUAAGGAUGAGUCCAACAUGGCAGAGCACACCUGGGGCAACAAUGGUGACAGCGAUCACAGUUCCCCUGGCAACGGUGUCUCCGAUGGCAACCAACCCUCUCCCGCAUCCACACUCUCCUCCAAUCGCUCGGUGGAGCUGAACGGCUACACGGCCGCCCUCAGGGAGCAGUACAUCGGCAGCGCCGUAGCCCAGCAUUACCAGUUCCUGCCUCACCUGUUCGGCUACGCGGCGCAGCCCCGCAGUCUGUACCCACAGAGUCAUACCCUCAUCAGCCAGCUGGUGGCAGCAGAGGAACUGGCACCACUGGGCACUCCCAUGCUCAUCGAGGACGGGUACCGGGUGACCCAGGUGGAGCUCUUCGCCCUGCUGUGCCGCCUGGCCGACGAGCUGCUGUUCCGUCAGAUCUCGUGGAUCAAGAAGCUGCCGUUCUUCUGCGAGCUCUCCAUCGAGGACUACACACGGCUGCUGAGCGCCACGUGGCAGGAGCUCAUCCUGCUCGCCUGCCUGACCGUCUACAGCGCCCAGAUCCUGGGAGACCUGGCCAACGUCACCGACAAGUACACGCCGUCCGAUCACGAGCUGCAGGGGUUUAGCGAGGAUGGCAUGGAGGUGAUGGAGAAGCUGAUCUAUCUGUUCCGUAAGUUCCACCAGCUGAAGGUCAGCAAUGAAGAGUACGCCUGCAUGAAGGCCAUCAACUUCCUCAACCAAGAUAUCCGGGGAUUGACUAACGUGGCACAGUUGGAGCAGUUGAAUAAGCGUUACUGGUACGUGUGUCAGGACUACACUGAGUACAAAUACCCUCACCAACCCAAACGCUUCCCGGAGAUCAUGAUGUGUCUUCCUGAAAUACGCUGCAUCGCAGGGAAGUUGGUAAACGUUCCUUUGGAGCAGCUCCCCCUGCUGUUCAAGGCGGUCCUGCACUCCUGUAAGUCCAGCCUGAACACCUACAGGUCAAACCACUCCCCCUGCGCGACGAAGGGCUCCGCCCCUGCCAACUAAAAAAAAAAGAAGACCCUCCUCUCACCCACCUCUCCUCUCCUAACGAUGCACAUGGGGACAGGGAUUUUCAGGGUGGUGGAGGUGUCGCACGGAAAAGAAAAGAACGAAAGAAAGAAAUGAUGAAUGUGACUAGCAGCUAUUUUAUACGAUUAAUUUCCCUCCCCUCUCUAUUUAUUACCAGACAGAGCUGAAUGUAUACUGACGUACACCGCACACGGUCGCUGCUGCUCGUACGCAAAAAUGCACAAACUCCGCAGCAGAGUUUACGCUCGCUCGUCCGACCGCAGAAUGUGUUCACACUGCUAGGGUUUAGGAGUUAGUUCACUUUCUGCUGCUUGUAGAGACUGAUAUACAAAUAUAUAUAUAUACAGGUGCAUUUAAAAACAUUGAAUAUCAUGGAAAAGUUCAUUUUUUUUCCCCUGUAAUUUCAUUCAAAAAGUGUGACUUUCAUAUAUUCUAGAUUCAUUACACUUAAAGUGUGUAAUGAAUCUUACAGCUCGCGGAAAUCAAAAAUCCUGUAUCUCAAAAUAUUCUAAUAAAGAGUUUAGAAUACAGAAACGUCGACCUGAGAAGACUCUAAUCAGCGAAUUCACUCUAAACACCUGCGAAGGUUUCCUGAGGCUUUAAUCUCUCAGUCCGGUUCAGUACACAAACACAAUCACGGGGAAGAUGAAAGUAAAUGUUGCAUUAGAUUUGGAAAUCAAGGUCCCAGAGUCUGGAGGACGAGUGGAGAGGAGCAGAAUCCGAGCUGCUUGAAGUCCAGUGUGAAGUUUCCACAGUCAGUGAUGAUUUGGGUUGCCAGGUCAUCUGCUGGUGUCGGUCCAGUGUGUUUUCUCAAGUCGAGAGUCGAUGCAGCGUCUACCAGGAGAUUUUAGAGCACUUCAUGCUUCCAUCUGCUGACGGGCUUUAUAGAGAUGCUGAUUUUCUUUUCCAGCAGGACUCGGCACCUGCCCACAGUGCCAAAACUAUUAGUCACUGGUUUGCUGACCGUGGUGUUACUGUGCUCGAUCGUCCAGCCGACUCGCCUGACCCGAACCCCAUAGAGAAUCUACGAGAGACCCCAGACCCGACAAUACAGACGAGCUGAAGGCCGCUAUCAAAGCGACCUGGGCUUCCAGAACACCUCAGCAGCGCCACACGCUGAUCGCCUCCACGCCACGCCGCGUUCACGCAGUCAUUCAUACAAAAGGAUUAAAACCCCGACCGAGUAUCAGCGCAUGAAUUAAUAUCCUGUUCAGAAGGUCGACAUUUCUGUAUUAUAAAUUCUUUAUUCGAAUAUUUUUAUACACCGGAUUUUUGAUUUCCAUGAGCCGUAAGCCGUAAUCAUUGAGAUUUUCUUAAAAAAAAGUUUAAAAUCUUGAAAUAUUUCACUUUAUGUGUAAUGAAUCUAGAAUAUAUGAAAGUCCACUUUUUGAAUUAAAUUACGGGGAAAAAACAAACUUUUCCAUGAUAUUCAAAUUUUUUGAGAUUCACCUGUGUGUGUGUAUAUAUGUAUAUGUACCUCAGGUAGAGCCUUGGUGAUCUCUCUCUCUCUCUCUCUCUCUCUCUCUCUCUCUCUCUCUAAGAUCCGUCACACACUCUCAGUGUCAAAAGUCAUCAUUUUUGCUUCCACAAUUAAGGAAAGCUUAUAACCGCUAAACCAUCACACACUCACCUUUAAAAAAAAAAAAAAAAAAAAGAAGAAGAAGAGGUUUAUACGUAAACAGUCGCGUAAAACCGCAGAAUUUAUGACGACGUUCGAAGAGUCUGAUGAGGAAGAACGCGAUCCAACUGCGGCGAUCCGACUACGAUUGUGACGUCCGUUUGUCCCUCCUUUUCUUUUUUUUUUUCUUUUUAAAAAAAAAAAAAAUCAGCAGUGUGGGAUAGUGUCAGAAAUCACGAUGGAAAAUCUGAUGUUCACUUGGUGGCUAUAGCCUUCCAUUCCUUGUUAGCUACAUUAGCCUUGUAGCUCCCAGGAACCUGGGAAACAUUAGUGGAAAGUGAUGAUGAGACGAGAUAAAUGUUCAAUGUAAAAGCAGGCUUUUUUUUUCUUUUCUUUUUUUUUUUUUUUUUUUUUAAAAAAAAAAAUACGUCACUCAAGCUCGGAUAUCACAGUGAUAUAGGUUUCUAGGUGUAGUAAGGUUGUAGUCUGUAGUAGGUUGUUGUUGUCGGUGUUUUUAAAAUACUUUUCAUUUUAUCCAAGAAAGAAAGGGGUUGUCGGUUUAUUUUCCGUUCGUUAGUUGUUUUUUUUUGGGGGGUUGUUUUUUUUUUUUUUCCCCCCCAGAAGGCCGUUUGUUAGUUUAAAUGAUGUUAAAUAUCAAUCUCCGAAGACCUGAUGGUUAAGCGAGAACGGCGUCCUUGGGACCGCCGAGAUGUUUUGUUGCUAAGCCAAACAGUUGAAACAUUCCAAAAAUCGUCGAGAGGUUUAAAAAAAAAAAAAAAAAAAAAAAAAAAAAAAUCUGAAAAAGUCGAGUAAUGUUUACAUAUUUUUGCAGCAGACAAUGACGAGCAGAGGGUCACAGCGAAGACGGGUGGCUCGGUGAUGCCCGGCUCCCCGUCCUCCACCUCAAGGCCUCUCGAACGCAGCUACACCUCAGUGGUAACGGAACAAAAUAAUCAGGGAUAAGCACGGAUUAAAAAAGAGGGAAAGGACGUGCCUAGAGUAAUUAGACUAAUACGCCGUUUAGUUUGCUGUUUAGACCAAAUCUUACCACUUUAUAUUACUUUCCCUUAUGAAAAAAAAAAAAAGCAGUUUCAUUCAUCACUGCAGUCUUUUUGUUAUUUUCGUCCUUUUGUUGAUGUAUUCCAUGUUUAAUUUUUUUAGCUACUAUUGUGGAUCCCCCCCCCCCCCCUUACGCUUUUAGUGUGUGUGGUGUAGGGUGAAGGCCUAUCGCUUUUUCCGGUGCUCAGUGUUGACGUCUCAUUAUCAGAGGUCAUGCUGAACUUUCCUUUUUUUUUUUUUUUUUUUUUUUUCUUCUUCUCCUUCUUUUUUUUUUUUUUUUCCGGGCACGUGUGUGUUACUUGUAGCUCCCACGAGACCGCGCCGAGGAAUACGUACGUGAUGCUCUUUCAAGACGCGGUACAGUCGUUCAGCCUGGAAACAUUUUUGACAUCUUGGAUUACAAGUACACAUGUUUACACACGCACACACAAGCACACACCAGCCUUUUUCUUUUAAGUGCUGUCGAACUCUCGAACACGUGUCUCAGAGGUCUAUUCGACUAAUUCCGCCCGGCAGCUGAGGUUGAGACGCGGGUCCACGAACCUCGUGAGGAUUCUCUGAAGCGCAGAGAUUUCUUUUUUUUUUUUUCUUUCUUCUUCUUCUUCUUCUUUCAUUCAGAGAUACUUCACUCCAUACACACCCCUGUACUUAGACCCCUUUGUAAGACCCUUUGUAACCUGCGAGUCUUUGUCGAUCGCUAGGACUCGAUAGGAAAGGUCGUUCGCGAUUCAUUCCGAGCUCCGAAGUUCUCCACAAGCGACGGACGCAUCGCAUCGCAUUGUGUAGCGGCAUUGAAUUUCCCGUCCGCAAUAGGCCUCUCUCGGGAAGCGCGCUCCCGAACGAAGCCUACGAUUUUUACUCGUUAACGUGUGUUAAACCGUUAUCCGACCUCCGAAACGUUUUUUUCUUUCCGAAGUUCUUCUUUGAUAUAUAUUUUGAAUUGUCCUUACGAAUUGUUUUUGAUUCUCGUUUGUACUUUCUCUCUCUCUCUCUCUCCCUCCCCUCCCCCCCUUUUUUUUGCAAUUUCUACAUUGAAACUACCUCUUUAUUAUUUUUUUUUCGUGUGUGUGUCAUCAUGUUGCGUACUUUCAUUAAAGAAAAAAAAAACCUCUAUUUAUUGGUUUCAUAGCACCGUCAAGAUCGGUUUCCGUGUGUGCCGCUCGUAACAGCAUGCGCGCGCGUUUUCCUCAGUAACGUACGCCGGAUCGCUGGAUUUUUCACCGCUCCGUUCUCUUCGGUUCCGUUUCCUCAGUGCAAUGAUGACAUCGUCCUUUAAACUAACCAGUAUUAUAUUUGAUGUUGUAAACACUGUUUGAUUUUUGAUUUUUGAUUUUUUUGGUGUGAAUUCUUUUCAUGAAGAAUGUAAUUCUUGUCAUUGCUGACGUUAUAUCGAUGACUGCUGUUUACAAGCUUUGUAUUUUUUUAUUUUUUUUUGCGUGUGUGUCGUUGUUUACCCACUGUAAUCAUUGAUAAUGCUGUGACACUUUUUGGCCAAUCAGCUUUUUCUUUUUGUUUGAUGGCUACGGGUAUGCUGAUUGGCCCUUAUAAGACUAUCAAAAGUGCUAUCAGUUUUACACACUUGAAACUUUAAUGGAAGACACAACGGUGAAUGUUGGGGCUUAUACAAAAAAAAAAAAAAAAAAAAUUUAAAAUGGAGGCAGAUGAGGAGGUUCUGCGUGUAGCUGCUGUCUCAGGGAAUAGACAUGCUCCUUAAAACCGAUUUAUAUAUAUAUAUAUAUAUAUAUAUAAUACACACACACACACACACACACACACGAUAUAUCAUCUUCAGGACAUGGCAGGCGUUCAGAUGGAACUUUCAACAAGGUCACUGUUUAAGUGGAUAAUUUCAUGAAUACACUGUUGCUAGGCAACUAAUAAAAAUGGACGCCAAGUAUAAGCUCAGUGUGACAGUGAAAAUUAGACCAAACUGCCAGGAACAUCAACAUUUCCAGUGUUUACAGUCUUUACGAGAAAUUUGGAUUCAAUAAGUUGUUAAGGUGUUUAGUUUAUUUAUUUUUUAUUUUUUAUUUUUUUAAACCCACCACCUUCACACUCUUUGGAGGAAAGUAGUGACUUUGUUAGCACUAUAUAAAGUUGUUGUGGUUUUUUUUUUUUUAUUUUUUUUAUUUUUUUUUUAUGAUUUAAGCCACUUCUAAGAAAGGUAGAGAAGACAAAGGGGAUUUUUUUUUUUUUUUUUUAAAUAUCGUAAAUGAAGAGAAGGACACUCGGAGUUACUUCGACUUAUCGACCAACGUACUGUAGGUUCUGAUGUACUGCAAAACAUCGACUUGGAGAAUUUCUCGUAAACACUGUAAUACUCGAACGCAGCUACGUUUUGCCAAGUUUGGCCUUUCACGCUACUCGAUCGUUCACUCGCUCAGGAACCGGGACGCGAUGAUCCGGCACGUAAUCACAGCAAUAGGCAUGUAUAUAUCAAGCCCGUGUUUUAGGAGUGCUGUCUGAGGUGCUUUUCCUAAGCUACGUCUCUGACCUCUUUCAUCUGCGACUCUUACUUUAACUACCUGUGGAAAAAAAAAUCAAAUAAAAAUGUGACCCAUACGUGUUAUGAAAGCAUGUGUAGAAUGUUUUAGGACUUGAAACCAAAUAAAUGUGAAUCUUAUGCAA